AUGUCUUUCGCCCGCGCCUCGAUCGGCCUCAUUGCCCUGGCGGCCUCUGUCUCGGCCAGUAUCAAGACUUGCUCCAACAACAACACUCUGAGUUGCCACAGCUCCUCCAAGGCUGGCACUUGCUGCUAUAAUUAUCCCGGUGGUGCACUCCUCCAAACCCAGUUCUGGGACACCGAUCCAGUCUCAGGGCCGACUGACUCGUGGACCAUCCACGGAUUGUGGCCCGAUAACUGCGAUGGCACCUACGAGUCUAACUGCGAUGAGUCUCGCGCCUACACCAACAUCACCGAGAUCCUGAAAGCGCAGGACCGUACCGACCUCCUCUCCUAUAUGGAGGAUUACUGGGUCGAUAUCAAUGGCGACAGCGAGUCCUUCUGGGAGCAUGAGUGGGGAAAACAUGGCACUUGUGUCAACACCAUCAAGCCCAGCUGCUAUUCCAACUACUCACCCCAGGAGGAGGUCGGUGACUUCUUCCAGAAGACCGUCGAUCUUUUCAAGGGUCUGGAUACCUACAAGGCGCUGUCUGAUGCUGGCAUCACCCCUGAUGAGUCCAAGACCUACACUCUCAGCGAGAUCCAUGGCAAGCUGAACCAAGCCUGGUAUUUCUUUAAUGUCCGCGGCAAUGCCAUCACUGGAAAAUACCAGGCUGCCGAUACGCUCACCAAAGCGAGCUGCCCCAGCAGCGGCAUCAAGUACGUGCCCAAGAGCAACUAA